UUGCCAUCGUGUUUCAUCACUGUGCGGAUUCCUAAGGGCAGGCAAUCAGCCACGAGACUUUCUAACGGUUUGAACCUAUGUCCUCUAGACUAUGUAUUCUGGCUCUAGUGGGGAAGUGAAGCAUAAAUUCAAAAUGACCCUUCAGGACAUAGAGGAGCAGCUUAUGAAGUUCCCGGAGUCAGAGAUGAGAAAGAUGCUCUACCUGUAUGUUCCCCCUGUCCUCAUCAUCAUAGGAACAUUAGGGAACACGUUCUCUUUCAUCAUCCUCAGAAGGAAGCAAAUGUUGAAAGUAUCUUCUUACUUGUAUCUAGCCUCGCUGGCCGUCAUUGACACCUUUGUUCUGUAUAACGGACUGCUGGUCAUCUGGGUCCAGGAGCUAGGCUACCACAUGAGGAACUGGAGCGAUUGGCUGUGCAAGCCACUGGUCACUUUGGGCUACGUGGCCUCAGACUUCUCUGUUUGGCUCAUCAUAGCAGUGACUGUUGAAAGGUACAUUGUCGUUUGUUUCCCCUUCCAAGCCAGCUCCAUGUGUAAUUUGUCCAGAGCCAAGAAGGUCAUCGUGGGCAUCUUCUUCAUCAUGCUGGCCCUCAACUUUCAUUUCUUCUGGACAGUGGAGAUUGAUACGCUCCACGACAGAUGCAUGCCUGCCAAGCAGCACAUCCGACUGGUCACUGAGAUCUGGCCCUGGGUGGACACUCUGAUCUACAGCCUCAUCCCGUUCCUGACGAUUACAGUCCUGAAUAUCUUCAUCAUCAAAGAGGUAGCCGGAGCCAGGUCAAACAGGAUGCUUCUCUCUGGCUCCGAGAAUGAUAACUACAUCCUGGCAACCAAUCACCGGAACAGCAAUGUGGCCAAUCAGAGGCGGAGCAACCAGAAUGAGGGGUCCCGCCUUACAGCCCUCCUCCUGACAGUGUCGUUUACAUUUCUGGUCCUGACCUUGCCCUUCAAUAUUGUCAUGAUCAUAACUAGGCUAUGGAAUGACACUUCCGGUAAGAAUAACGAGCUCCAGAGUAUGGCCCAGUUUCAGCUCAUCCAGGCCAUCACAGAACUCCUCAUGUACACCAACCACUCCGUCAACUUUUUCCUCUACUGCGCCACGGGCCACAAGUUCCGGCAGCAGAUCCUCGACCUCUUCCGCUGCUUGUACCGGCGCCAGGCCAGGGGCUCCAACAACACCACACUGACCAACGCCCAGUCCAUCAGGCGGAACUCUCAGUCGGUCAUCAGCGGGGGAGGGGAGGUGAUGGUGGUCCUGCGGUCGGACCAAAGCCGAGGCAGCAGCCUGAGCCUCAACGUGAAAGAUGACCUCAACGAAACUGACCAUGACGCUGGUCACGUGUCCUCGGUCAAGUCAUGCUCAGGGAAAAGUUAUUCCUCGCGAGGAUCGCUUUUUAAAUCAGACAGCAGUCUGAAUUCGUCCGCCUAUUCGAACCCAUGCAACGGAAAGUCACGAACGUUCGUCGGAAAUAGCCGGAAUUCGGAAACAUUUUUCUCAAAACGAGACAGCUCCAUGCGAGCAUGCUACGGAUUUUACCGAAGUCAAAGCAGCCAAGAACAGCAGAAACACGAUACUGUCCAGAACGGCACGCAUAAGCGAGUGCCCAAAUCCAACAACAACGCUUCCUGUAAGAUCUUCUACAGCAGCAAAAAGCACAAACCAUCGCCUUUAACCUUGUCUCGGAGUAGCUUCGGUUCUCUGGAAGACUGCAGUCUUAAAGACAGGGAGUACAUCGUGCUCCAGCCUACUAUAAGAUGGUGCGAAGCCUCGGUCCAGUCGUGAUGGAGGAUUGUGAAUUAGAAUGUUUAUCCAAUAUUUGUUAUCUUAACGUGCCAUAGUUCCAUUCUGAUGCAUCCAACUCUUCGGCGAGUCUCGCACGCAAGAAAAGAUUGGAGAGUUUUUUUCCGUUAUGCAUCGCAUUUUUGGCUCUUAGAGUUGCGCACCUUUGCAAGAUAGCCAGCGGGUUGUAUUAUUGCGCACCACUGGGAGAUAACUAACGGGUUUUUCAACUGUGCAUCAAAUUAAGGUUGAAGGAUUGUAGCUCGAACUGUCUCGCCUUGAAGUAUACAAUGGUCAGGUACAGCCUUUGCGCGUAGAUCCAGAACUUGUCAAAAAAAAAAUUAUGAUUUCGUAAAUGGUUUUGGAUUCUGAUUCAUUCACUCUUUCUUCCCAGACACUCUUGGUUUAGUAUUUCUAGGAUCGUCAGAUACAGCCUUUGUGCGUAGAUCCAGAACUUGUGAAAAAAAAAUUAUGAUUUCGUAAAUAGUUUUGGAUUCUGAUUCAUUCACUUUUUCUUCCCAGACACUCUUGGUUUAGUAUUUCUAGGAUUAUAAACACUGAUGUUAAUUGUGUCAUUUUGUGUGCUCGGGGUAAAACUUGAUUCUUGAAAUGAGAAAAGUCAAACGCAGCCAAGAAGUGGGAUUUAAAGUUGAUAGCACAGCGUCAUUUCAGCAGACGUGAUGGCGUGUUUAUAUUUCUUGACCUACUUCAAGUUGGAUUUAAAUGCGAAAAAAAACAACACGGAUUAUCAAAACAGCAACUGCAUUCCACCCCCUCUCCAGUUUUAGUCCUAUAUGUGUGAUCUAUGUUUAACAUUUGUCUUAUAUUCAUCCUAUAUGUCCUCUUUUUGUCCUGUAUCUCCUAUAUGCCCUAUAUUUAUUUAUAUAUUUUCUAUUCCAUCUGUUGUCCUACUGCCCUAUUUGUCUUGCCUUCUUAUAUGUGUCAUAAUUUGUCCUACAUUUGUCCUAUACCGUAUAGAUUUGUCCUACUUGUAUUAUAUUCCUCCUUUUAUCUCCUAUCUUCAUCCUACAUGUCCCAUAAUUGUCCAUUAUUUGUCCUAUAUCUGUCGUUUCUGUCCUAUAUUUGUCCUAUCUGUCCUAUAUUUCUCCUAUAUUUUCCUUACAUGAUUAUAUCUGUUCUGUGUCCUCAACUCUAUCACAAUGAAACGUACGUAAAGUAUCAAUGAAGAUUUGUCUAUAAAUCAAAAGAUUGCUACCUAGAUACAUGAACGUAAGAUUGCUACCUAGAUACAUGAACAUAAGAUUGCUACCUAGAUCCAUGAACAUAGGAUUGCUACCUAGAUACAUGAAUGUAAGAUUGCUACCUAAAUGCAUGAAUGUAAGAUUUCUACCUAGAUAAAUGACCGUAAGAUUGCUACCUAUAUACCUGAACGUAAGAUUGCUACCUAGAUACAUGACCAUAAGAUAAAUAAAUGAAUGUAAGAUUUCUACCUAGAUACAUGAAUAUAACAUUGCUACCUAGUUACAUGAACAUAGGAUUGCUACCUAGAUAUAUGAACGUAAGAUUUCUACCUAGAUACAUAAAGAUAAGACUGGUACCUAGAUACAUGAAUAUAAGAUUGCUACCUAGAUACAUGAACAUAAGAUUACUACCUAGAUAAAUGAACGUAAGAUUGCUACCUAGAUACAUGAAUAUAAGAUUGCUACCUAGAUACAUGAACGCAAGGGGAGAUAAUUGUCUUGCUUUUCUUUAUAAUCACAAUGUUUACUUAAAGACAUCUGUCAACACACAUUAAAGAGUGUAGCUGUGUUGAUGAGUUUGCCAUGAUGUUUCACGGCCACCGUUAACACACCCAACGGCGUCAGUUCAAACAGUUUUUGACCAAAUCAAUGACCAAAGUGUAUAGACUUUAGUUAAGUACUCGUGACCUAAUCGAUGACCAGUGUACAGGGACUACGAGAAAGCUAACAUUUACAUUCGGACCUUCAUUAGGGGACUAUUGUAAGUAAUGUUUCAAUUUUAUUGCAUCAUUAAAGAUUCCCACGCGUACGGUGUGUAUUGUCCCAACUAAAUACUGUUACAAGUAUAUUUGUCAUAAACAAAUUAUGUUACAUACAAAUACUGACUCGAACAAAUACUACCUCAUUCAAAUACUGCCACAUACAGUCAUAUUUAAAUAUUGUCACAUAUUAAAAUGCCUCAUAAAAAUUCUGCCACACAUAAAUACUACCGGGAGGCAAGGUGGCUGAUUGGUGAAGCACUUGGCUUCCGAACUGAGGGGGUCCUGGGUUCGAAUCUCGGUUUUAAAAAAAUGAGAUCUUUACAUCGUUUCUGAGUUCACCCAGCGGUUCGACUUUGUGCGGGCCACAUGACACCCUCGUUAACCGUGGGCCACAUAAACAGAUGACAUUAUCUGCCACCCAUAAGCCGUAAGGUAGCUUUACUUUUACUUACUGUAGAUGCAACCACACACUAAUACUGUCACAUACAAAUACUCUCGCAUAAAAAUACUCUCACAUACAAAUACUCUCGCAUAAAAAUAAUCUCACAUACAAAUACUUUCGCAUUAAUAUACUCUCACAUACAAAUACUCUCACAUACAAAUACGUUCGCAUAAAUAUACUCUCACAUACAAACACUCUCACAGACAAAUACUCUCGCAUAAAUAUACUCUCACAUACAAACACUCUCACAUACAAAUACUUUCGCAUAAAUAUACUCUCAGAUACAAACACUCUCACAUACAAAUACUCUCACAUACAAAUACUCUCACAUACAAAUACUCUCACAUACAAACACUGCAACACCUACAUAGUUGAAAGGUAAUCUCGCUAAGAAAUGCACAAUUUACCUCAUUCACCAAUCGUAAAUAAACACAUUUAGCCACGUCAUAAUACUGAUAAAACAAUGAAAAAUACGUAUCACGUGACAGCCACUAUGGAUUGCAUAAUUUGUAUAGAAGAUAUAUAGAAUCACGUGGCUAAAUGUUUGUUUGUUUACGAAGGGUGAAUGAGGUCCAUUCCGCGACUUUGAGCCUUAAAACUUUAAACCCAGCAUGUGUCCCAGCGUGUGUCUCAGCGUGUGUCUCAGCAUGUGUCCCAGCGUGUGUCUCAGCAUGUGUCCCAGCAUGUCUCUAAGCGUGUGUCUCAGCAUGUGUCCCAGCAUGUGUCUCAGCAUGUGUCCCAGCGUGUGUCUCAGAAUGUGUCUCAGCGUGUGUCUCAGCAUGUGUCUCAGCAUGUGUCUCAGCAUGUGUCUCAGCAUGUGUCUUGUAAACUCAAAGGCAUAGUACAUUGAGGAAAGUGUUCACUAGUGACUAUACGAUGACUUUCCCAUUCUUUGCUAAUGUGUGGUCAAAACUUUACGUGUUCACGUCAGUGUUUCUCAAACUUUUACUAGUGACGCCUCCCUAGAGCUAAAUAUUGAAGCCCGCUAUCCACUUAACAAGUUAAACGUUCUCCGCCCCUGCGACAAGGUUGUUGUUUGUUUUGUUUUUAUUUAUAUAUAUAUUUGUUUUUAUAAUAUGGCUUAGAAAUUCAAUCUCCUGGCAUCUACAACGCAUUAUUUUGCCGAGUGAGAUGUGCACAGGUCAAAUAAAAAAUUAAAUUGGGAAAAAUGGGAAAAAAAUAUUAUAAAAUGCUGUACUUGUCUCUGAUGUUCCUUCAGAGUUGAAGAUAAUGUACUUCUUACCCAAGUCUCCCGCAGGAAGAUGGGGGAUGGCAGCGGGCAGAGUGUAACCCGUGGCCAUCGAGACUACCAAGCGACAUAGUGCGCAUAUCGCACGACCAAGCUGCCAGGGUAAUAGGGACCAAUUCUUAUCUGAUAGACAUUGGGAGCACAAGAUCUUGAGCAUCUACGAUUGUAUUGGGCUAAAUGGUCGUAUUAUUAUCUCCAUAUUGGGCAAGCUGUCUAGUUGUGGGCCCAGGCUGUCUAGUUGUGGGCUCAAGCUGUCUAGUUGUGGGCCAAUGCUGUCUAGUUGUGGGUCCAAGCAGUCUAGUUGUGGGCCCAGGCUGUCUAGCUGUGGGCUCAGGCUGUCUAGCUGUGGGCCCAAGAUGUCUAGUUGUGGGCCCAAGUUGUCUAGUUGUGGGCCCAAGAUAUCUAGUUGUGGGCCUGUUUUGAUCAUGCAAUAGACGUCAACAGAACGAUUGACCGUCACUCGUUAAAAAUUUGGCGUAAAAAAAAAGACGAUAGAUUCUAAAAUCUCAUUACCAAAAUUGAAACUAAAAAUGUUUUUAAUAAAUGGAAUUCCUUUAAAAAAUAAAUGUGCGGAAGAGUAACAAUACGGACGCCUCUGGCAAAGGCAGUUUUAAUGGUCCUGCUCUGAAGAUGAUACGAGGUCAGUUAACUUAAUGAUUUAAAUUUUAAAACUUUGGAUAUGACGUCAUUUUACUUGGUAAAUUCACAAACUGUAAUUCUGCAAUGAAAAUGCAACGUAUUUUGAUUUUCAUAAAUGAAGGAAUGAUAAUCCAUCCUAGAGAAAAAAGAGAGAGGAAUGGAGAAAGACGGUCAGUGGAUCUUGUGUGGUGCCCCAACGGUUCAACAGACUAAGGGAUAGGUGAAAGUAAAAAAAAAAAGACCACCUUUGAACCCAAACCCAUUUGUCAGAAAGUCGCGCCCCGUAGGGAGCGCGCACCAUAGUUUGAGAAACACUGGUUUAUGUCAUCGCUGUUUCAUGCAGUGUUCAAGGGUCAAAUGUCACAGGUCACUGAUCAUUCAUUAUCUUGCGGAGUCUGAUCUUAAGACCAAUGGGGUUAUAACUCUAAUAAAUUGUGACUGUUUUUUGGAGACACUAUCGGCUGUCUUCCUCUAGACAUGUCUCUUAAGAUCAUUUCACAUCCAAUUUCUCUUCCAUAGCAGCCCGAGACUUCAGAUUUUUUUUGAUUUUUUAUCAUUGACAUGAUCUUAAUGAUAUAAGGCAUGCAUUGUUCUAUUGAAUUCAUCUGUUUCUAGUCUCUCAUAUUGACAUUUACAUUGUAUAAUGUUCAUAGCUGUAAAUCUACUAUAACUCUCUCUCUCUCUCUCUCUCUCUACUUCUCUCUUUUUAUCUCUGUACCCCCUCUCUCGCGCUCUAUAUUUAGUCCCUAUCUUCUCUCUCUCUCUCUCUUUCUAUUUUGUUUCUGUUGACCAGGUUUAUAGCAUAUGACUUGUUUUUUUCUUGUAUAUUAUUUGACAACUUGCUAAAACAAAUAAAUUGAAAUUUCUACAACGUGAAGUUUUGUGUCUAUUGCUUUGAGUCCAGUAUUUGUAUUUGUCUUCAAAGUGACUGCCUCAUUCCAUGAAAAACUUUCCCAUUUGUAAUUCAAAAACUAUAUUGUAAGCGCGAAAUAUAUAAGAUAAGAUAAGAAAUACCACUGACCACAUUUAUGUAUCAGGAGAAUUAGCAACUGCCGUACGGAUCCGAAUGACAUUUAAUUUGCAGGUUCCUUUUUUCACCUCUGAGGUACUUGGUAAGAAAUGGU